AUGCCCUCUAGUGAAGAGGUAAUAAGUAUCCUUGAUGACAACACGCACCGGUCCGAAGGGCUACAAGGGGAUUCUAAACAACCCAUUAUGAACAAGGAUUCCAUCGGAGAUGGCCUGACAGGGCCACCGUCGGUCCACCGAAGCAAAUCUCCUACUGCUUUGGAGACAUAUGACUAUGAUGAUCUUAUUGCUAGUUUCCAAGGCAAUAAUCUUUCUUUCAACAAUGUUUUCAUCCCUAAAUGGAACCUCACUGAUGAAUCCCGUCUCUCCCAACAAGAGGUUGUUGUUGAGUUCUUACGCCAUGUUUUUCCUAAGGGAACUGUUUCUGAGAUGGAAGCCUUUACUGAUGAUUAA